AAAAUUCCCGGGAACAAACAUUGGAGCGCACCCAAACGAUGACUCAUGACUACAUGCAUGCAGCGGAUGUUGCCUUCUUAAUCUUGCACUUGUUGUUGCAGCCUGCAGAUGAGUGUCCAAUGUCAUCAUCCGCUUCCAAGCUACAUAUCAUCCUUUGCAUAUCCCUGCUAGCUGGCAUAAUCAAAACUCACACGUUCCACAUCGGCAAGCGUGACGGUAGCUCCAACAUGGCGGCAUCGUCAUACACGUACAUCCCCAAACUCUCUCUGAAGGCAGCACACAGGGAGAGGAUAGAGGAACUCAUGGUGGACGUUGAAAAGCAACAACAGCGUCUCCUUGCAGAGUUCCGGGCAGAGAAUUAUGAAACGCUCUCCGUUGAUGAGAGAAUUUCAGAAGCUCAUAACUUACUGUCCACCAACCUUCCUGCCACAGCAGCGCUGCUAAAACAGACCUUAACAUCACCAGCUUUGACUGUCAAACAGCAAAUGCUGUGCUAUCGCCUGCUGUACCUGGUCUACAUGUCACUGGGUCCACUCAGUGAGGGUCAAGAAGCAGCAAAACAGGAAUACCGUGUCGUAAAAACUGUGUCACUGUCACAAAUAGGCAACAGAUCAUCAGCCACGGGAACAGGGAACGUUGAUCCCCAGGUGAGCACGUCCUCGCCAGAAAUCAACGAGAUGCGUUUCCAGGCAGCCCUGGACCUCGGCAACGCUCACCGUUUCCUGGGCAACAUGGGCGAUGCCAAGAUCCAUCUGGACGAGGCCAUGGCAGUUGCCGUGGCGAUGGAUGACACGGACAAGAUUACCACGGCGACCAUUCACCACGGCGAGUGGAUUCUGGCGAGCGGUCAUCUGAAGGACGCAAUCAGUCAGGUGUUCCAGCCGCUGCUGAAACGGAACAUGAGCGACCGGAACCGGGGCAUUCUGCUUCAGGCAUUUGGGAAUGCUGCCAGGGCGGCGGCAGACUGGGGACCAGCGAAAGAAUACAUGAGAGAAGCCAUUGCCAUCGCCGAGCGACUCAAUGACCCCAUUGCCGUGGCCGAUCGUCAAGGCGACCUGGGUACCAUAUUCCGGUCGGAGGGAAGGACGAGCGACGCUUUGCUCUACCAGAAAAAACAGUUUGUGUUUGCCAGUGGAAGGGGUGAUCAGGCGGCUCUGUGCGUGUCAUGUUUCAACAUCGGUUUCACCCAUUACUCCAUGAAACCACCAGACUAUGACAUAGCGUUGAUCUACCAUUCCAUUCACCUGGAGCUAGCUGAACGAAUCGGGUACCUAGCCAUGAAAUCACGAGCGCUGAAUGCCCUCGGAAAGAUCUACACAGCUCUGAGAGACUACGAAUCGGCCAUUUUGUUGCUUGAGGAGUGUUUGGAAGUACACAGUAAGAUAGGCAACCAUCGCGGGCUGGGAAUAGCCUAUGGGAACAUUGGCACUGUCUACCGGGCCAUGGGUAAGUUUGAUGAGGCCAUAGUUUAUCACGAAAAGUACCGUAAAAAUGCCGCGGAACGCGACGACGUCGGGGGUGUGGCCAUUAUGCAGCGAGAACUAGCCAUGGACUACUUGUUUAAAGAGGAUCUGGACAUGGCGGAGCAGUACAUAACAGACGCGUUCUUCACUCUGGAGCGAAUCCGGGCCAAGAUUGGCGCAGAGGACUCCUCGCGCAUCGCCAACUUUGAGAAGAACCAAUCGGAGGCCUUCAAUCUUCUGCAGACGAUCCUCAUACGGAAGGGCAAAUACCGCGAGGCGUUGGCGCUGUCAGAGCAGGGACGAGCGAGGGCGCUAGCCGACUUGAUCCAACAGAACCAGGAGGAGCUAGAACCAGGAAGCCCUCGUGAUUUCAAUAAUGAUUCUGCAUACCUAAGCACCAUUUCGAUGUUGGAGGAACGCUUCACAGAGAGGGCGCUGUCAGAUAUCUUCCAAACGGCCAGCGAACUCAACACGACUCUCGUCAUCUACUCUAUUGUGACCGAAUUCACCCCGGCGGGGGACGUCGAGAAAUGGCUGUACUCCUGGGUGGUUGCCAGGGAAACAACAGAACCAACCAAUGGGGAGAUCCGUAAUGUACCUCCUUCAGAUCCAACCAAUCGGGGAGGGGCUACUGUAAAAGACGGCGACUGGAAAGUCCACUUUGCAAAGGGAAUGCUGAGUUCGGAGAAGAAAACGCAAGAGGCGAUUUUGGAUGACAAACACGUGAACGCUCUGUGCCGCUCACUUGCGGAACUGAGCGUUAAGGAAAACAUAGAUGUAAAAGAACCUGAUGUGUGUGCCUCAAAAGAUCAAACCGAAUGUACGGAGGCCUCGACUGACCACAUUGAAGACUCUCCUGCAAGAGAUAUUCCCCAUCGCCUGUACAGGCAAGAGAAGCUAGCCCACGUCUACGGUGGCCUAGAGGAGACAAAGCCAAAGCAACCUGUCACCGAUCCCAGGCUGCAGAGAGCUUUGGACAAGCUGAGGGUGGACUACGACAUCUUCAUCGCUCCAAUUGAGAGUUUUCUUCCAGAAUGGAGGGAAGGGAUGGCCGAUGUACCAAGAAUCACCUUCAUUCCGCAAGAUUAUAUGUUCAACCUGCCCUUUUGUGCCCUCCUCGGCCCGGACAAUCUUCAUUUGAUCCAGAAAUAUGUCAUCUCUUUUGUGCCCUCGGUGCGCACGCUCAAACUGACCAAUCAGAGGCUGACCCAGCUGCGUCAGACAUCAACAACAGCGCCCCCUAGUGUCCUGGCUGUGGGCAAUCCCACAAUGCCACAUCCAAAAAUUCCAGCACUUCCUGCGGCCACUGAGGAAGCUAAAAUGGUGAAGAAGUACUUCCAGUCACAUUCCUCAUUAUCAUCAUUGGAGGGAGAGCCAGGGACAGACUCCAUGGUGCUGACCGGCAAUGAUGCAACAGUGGACAACGUCCGGCAGAAAAUGACCGGUCACUCGGUCUUACAUUUUGCAACCCAUGCUGAACAGGAUAAUAGAAUUGUGAAGAUGAUCAAGGAAGGCACACAAGACUGCCAGCCAGAAAGAGUUCCGACAGGAGAUUUCAGCAUGCAGGGAUUUCUGGUCCUUGCUCGCAGCCACGAGAAUUGCAGUGGCCUCCUGAUGGCCGAGGAGGUCAAAGAUCAAAGGUUAAAGGCAGAGGUGGCCGUGCUCAGCUGCUGCCAGACAGGAAAAGGUCAAGUCACCGGGGAUGGAGUGCUUGGUUUGUACCGGUCUUUCCUAGUAGCUGGAGCAGCCAGCGUCGUGGUCACCCAGUGGAAGAUCUAUGACAAAGCCACUGCUCAGUUCAUGCGACAUUUCUACCAGGAUUUCAUCGUCCACCGUGAUUCGGCGAGGGCCUUGAGGGAAGCCAUGCUAUCCAUGCUAGCAGACAGGGGGGAGCAUCACCUGCCGCAACACUGGGCUGCCUUUGCUCUGAUUGGAGCCUCUCGCCUAAUCCAGACCUAGACAGCUGAUAUCAAGACAACGAGGGUGUACAGGAAUCACCAAAUUUGGAUUACCAAUGUAGGCCCCAAGUUUACAGCUGAAGUUUGCUUACCGCACAAUAUAUGCUUAUUGUCAUAAUUUAUGCUUUUGUGAGCAUAGGGAUUUGACACUGCACUGGCACACAGUCAGUCUUUUUUUAUGCUCAUCAUCCAAACUUUCUUGCUAACCUGUGAAUAGGCCAAUAUCUGGGCAUGAUUUAAAACAUACUUGUUUAAUACCGGCCAAGCACAUAUUUAUUCUCAUUCAUAAAUUACCUUCAGGCAAAAAGUCCAAACAGGU